GGGCCAGACCCGGGACAAGGAGGGGCUGAGCCGCAGGGGAUCCUGGAAUCGGCGGGGAGGUGGGGAUUCUGGGAGGAAAACUCCAUUUCCUCCUUCUCCGCCGGCCUCUCCCCUCCACCCCGGCACCCCAAAUUUCGAUGUGUCGCCUCCCGGGCGCUCUGGAGUUGAGCGACGGGCGGCGUGGCCGGGAAAAUGCUGGGCAUGUACGUGCCGGACAGGUUCUCCCUGAAGUCCUCUCGGGUUCAGGACGGGAUGGGGCUCUACACGGCCCGCAGAGUGAGAAAGGGUGAAAAAUUUGGACCAUUUGCUGGAGAGAAGAGAAUGCCUGAAGACUUGGAUGAAAACAUGGAUUACAGGUUGAUGUGGGAGGUUCGGGGGAGUAAGGGAGAAGUUCUGUACAUUUUGGAUGCCACCAACCCACGACACUCCAACUGGCUUCGCUUCGUUCAUGAGGCACCAUCUCAGGAGCAGAAGAACUUGGCUGCGAUUCAGGAAGGAGAAAACAUUUUUUAUUUGGCAAUUGAAGACAUAGAAACGGAUACAGAGCUUCUGAUUGGCUACCUGGACAGUGACAUGGAGGCCGACGAGGAAGAACAGCAAAUUAUGACAGUGAUCAAAGAAGGGGAAGUUAAAAAUUCUAAAGCACAAUCAACAGCUGGCAGAAAAGAUCGCCUCGGCUGUAGAGAGGACUAUGCCUGUCCCCAGUGCGAAUCGAGUUUUACCAGUGAGGAAAUUCUUGCUGAGCACCUUCAAACAUUGCAUCAAAAGCCCACAGAGGAGAAAGAGUUUAAGUGCAAGAGCUGUGGGAAGAAAUUCCCCGUGAAACAGGCUUUGCAAAGACAUUUUGAGCAACACCGAGAGACCUGCCGGGGGGACGCCAGGUUCGUGUGCAGGGCUGACAGCUGUGGAAAGAGGCUGAAGAGCAAGGAUGCCCUGAGAAGACACCAGGAGAACGUCCACACUGGAGAUUCUAAGAAAAAGCUUAUAUGUUCCGUGUGCAAUAAAAAGUGUUCUUCAGCAUUAAGCCUACAGGAACAUAGAAAGAUUCAUGAGAUAUUUGAUUGUCAAGAAUGUAUGAAGAAAUUUAUUUCAGCUAAUCAGCUUAAACGUCAUAUGAUCACCCACUCAGAAAAACGACCCUAUAAUUGUGAGAUUUGUAAUAAGUCUUUUAAGAGGCUUGAUCAAGUGGGUGCUCAUAAAGUAAUACACAGUGAGGAUAAACCUUACAAAUGCAAGCUCUGUGGGAAGGGAUUUGCCCACAGAAAUGUUUACAAGAAUCACAAGAAGACCCACUCUGAAGAGAGACCGUUCCAAUGUGAGGAAUGUAAAGCUUUGUUCCGGACCCCAUUUUCUUUGCAGAGACACCUGCUAAUACAUAACAGUGAGAGGACUUUCAAAUGUCAUCACUGUGAUGCUACCUUUAAAAGGAAGGAUACCUUAAAUGUUCAUGUCCAGGUGGUCCAUGAAAGACACAAGAAAUACAGAUGUGAGCUAUGUAAUAAGGCAUUUGUUACACCGUCAGUGCUUAGAAGUCAUAAGAAAACACAUACAGGAGAAAAGGAGAAGAUAUGCCCAUAUUGUGGCCAAAAAUUUGCCAGCAGUGGGACACUGAGAGUCCACAUCCGGAGCCACACAGGUGAGCGUCCCUAUCAAUGUCCUUACUGCGAAAAAGGAUUCAGUAAAAAUGAUGGACUGAAGAUGCACAUUCGCACACACACCAGGGAGAAGCCAUACAAGUGCUCAGAGUGCAACAAGGCCUUCAGCCAGAAGCGGGGCCUGGAUGAGCACAAGAGGACGCACACUGGAGAAAAGCCGUUUCAGUGCGAUGUGUGUGACUUGGCCUUUAGCCUGAAGAAAAUGUUGAUCCGACACAAGAUGACUCAUAAUCCCAAUCGCCCACUGGCAGAAUGCCAGUUUUGCCAUAAGAAGUUUACAAGGAAUGACUACCUCAAAGUGCACAUGGACAAUAUCCAUGGCGAAGCUGACAGCUAAUGGUAGCUGCAAAGCUAUUAAACCAUUCAGAAGGGCUCCUAAUAUGAAUCCCAGAUUUCUCGCACCUGAUCAACAUAGCGGAAGUAGCCAAAAGUAACUCAAAUGGUCUCAGAGUUAUUUGCCUACCUUUAGAAUCUAUAGAUGCACAUGCAAACAAAAAAGAGAAAAACCCUGCUUUUAACAAGAAAUUGUACAAAUGGAGAGAAAAAAAAAAACUUCAAAACUUUAUAACCCUGCAAAAAUACUACAUGCCUUCCAUCUUAUAAACAAUGGAGAAAGAAGUCAUGGCUCUCUUUCAUACCCAUUUUAAGCAAAAACCUUCUCUCUGUAAUGAAUUUAUUAACCUAUGCCUCAAUUAGGCCUUUUUUUUUUUUUUUUUUUUUUCUUAAUUGUCCUAUUGUGUGUGUUGCUUAUUGUGGCUGGCUAUUGCUAAUAUAGCCAGGAAGAAAUCAAGAUAUCCAAAUAUUUCAUUGCAUAUAAGGGUAAGAGCAAGAGUUUUCCAAGUCUCAAGCAUGGUAGUAAGAUAGAUUGACUAUUUUAUGAAGAAGCAAACAAAAAAUUAUCUUAUUUAGUAACAUCAUACAAUAGGUCAGUUUAAAAUAAAGAGAUAUUUAAGAACUAAAACAUCUAUUAAAAUAUUUCUCAUUUUAGAGAACUCUCAGGAAACAUGAUUUUCUCUCGUCAUUCAGAUGUAGACAUUGAUGGUCUAGAAUACUUUCAUAUGAGCUACACUAAAAUUAUCAUAACAUUUAAGUAUUCAUCACGCUGCCCCUCCUAAGUUUUAUUGGUUAUCUUUAGAAAUUAACAUUAUAAAAAUAUUUACUAGAAAUUUAAACAUAAUAGGUUCUCAGUAUUUGUUGACUGACAGAGUGGCCGAGCGAUAGUUCAUUAGGUGUGAGGCACCUAGCCUUUCCCUCUCACUCUGUAAACGUGCCUAGAACAUGAGGGUGCAGGUACAGUACAGUCCUCAGAGCAUUUACAUCCACUUUUACAAAUGACAUUUUCCAGAAUCUUGGAAGUAGGUGGUUCUGAAACCUUUCAGAAUUACCCUCACUCACCCUAUGAAGUUAGGAAUCCAGGAUAAAAAAAAAAUCCAAGCCUGGCAAUUGCAAUGAUUGAAAUUGUCACUGAUGCUCAAGAGAAGUCAAAGCAGUAAGUAUGAUGUCUUCCUUUAGGUUACUUUUCAGUAGAAUAGUCAGCAGCAACAUCCAGUGAACAGAUGGCUUUGGGAGAAAAUAUGAUAAAAUACAGUAGUGAUGUCAAAAUAGCUUAUAGGAAUAAAAAAAGAAAAAAGGAAGCCCAAUUACGAACUCCUUUAAUUAGAGCUCACUAAAAAGAGAGGAAAUAUAAUUUUAAGGAAGUUAUUUGGUCCUAAUAAGUUAAGAAGAAAGGUUGUCGGAAGACACAAUUCUUUGACCUCAGGAAUCCUGUUUUAGAACUAUAUUCAUGCCCAGUUCCAGUGUUAAAAAGAAACAUAAGAAUUCUGUUUAGAUAGACAGUUAAACUCCGUAAAAAAUAGUAAAUUUAAAACUCAUCAGAGAUAACUUUAAAAAAUAUAAAUCCAAGAAUUAUAAUUUAGAAAAUAUCUAAGUAUGUUUAUAUGUAGCAUUUUGCCUCUGAAAUUAUAGACUGUUUUAUAAAAAUAGAUUUUGAUCUUUUUCCUUUCUAUGCCAUUUGUUUCAACAGUAUAUUUUUAGGCCCAACAUGUUUUCAAUUUUAUAUGACAGUGUGCUUCAUAUCAUUUGAAUAUAAAAGGACAGCUGUAAAAGUUGGUAGUGCGUAUUAUUUAAACAUAUUCUGCUCAUUCUUUUGGAUGCUGUCUUCACUGUAUGGGAUGCUUCGUGUCCCGACUUUGUGAUGAAUGUUAAACUUGAAAGGAGGCCAAAUACCAGUUUGGUGUAACCUCAGAAAGUUGCCAUUCACAGGGCUGCUGGGAAGAUUACCUGUGAAACCGUGUUGUCACCGUGCUAUGGAUUACACUGACGAGGAGCUGUAUCCUGCUGAUGGUAUAUGGACGGCGAAAAUGAUAGAAAAGGGUGUGAAGGACCUACAGCUGUUCAAAGGACUGAAACAAAAACAAGUAAACUAAGUCCAUGUGUAUGCUGAAAGUCUUUAUCCAGAAAAAAAAAUAUUUAUAAAGUAUUCCAAAUUUAUUAGCACUUGUGUGCUGCAACUUUUAAAUCACUUAGAAAUAACAAAAAAUGAGAAUUGGUUUUUUCGUUACAUGUGAGAAAUAAAAUGUAUUCACUGAAGAAAAUUCUUACAGGCAACUGGAGUACAGGUACCCAUUUUGAAGAGCCCUUCUCUUCUUUCCUGCUGUGAAAGAUUAUGGUGCAGAUAUUUUCUUGGGAAAAGCCCAACUCCCACACGCCCCGAUUGCACUGAUUAAGCACUCGGCUGCUAACGGAAAGGUCAGUGGUUUGAACCCACCAGCUGCUACAUGGGAGAAACAUGGGGCAGUCUGCUUCUGUAAAGAUUUACAGCCUUCGGAGCCUUAUGGGGCAGUUCUGCUCU